GUUAUACUGUUAGCUAGCAAAUUCCAUCAGCAGCAACUUCAGAUUUUAUUACUGUAUAACUUUUUUUCUUCUUCAACCAUAAAAAAGAAAAACCGAAAAAAAUGGAUGGGAAUUUAUUAUAGUAUUAGUCGAAUAAGAAAACUUUGGGGGGGGCGGAGCUAAGCAAAAAGAGAUUCUACUUGCUACCACUUUCCACUUUUUUUUUUUUUUGCAGAGUCCACAAACCACUACCAAAAAUCAUCAAAAUGCCUUCAAUUCACCACCUUUUGAUAACCGCCACAUGAUUAUUGUGCAAUUGAGCCUUCUUUUUUUUCUUUUAUAGUUUUGUUUGAUUUUCUGGGAAUUAAAAAAGAGUUCAGCUUUUGCCUGUCACUUUUUCUUUGUCUUUUCUGGUGGACUGAUUAUACCCAGAUUAGUGGAUUAAUUUACAGACCCUUUUGCAGUGAGAUACCCAAACAGCAUUUGUUGUUUUCUGUAAUACUCUUUAGUCUUUCCUCAAUUACUAUUACUACACAACUUGAAUUUCGAAAUCGGGAGAAGGCAAGGAAGCACGGCACUAGAAGACAACGGAGAAGUUUCACAAGAAUCCCGUUACAAAAAACCAGCUCCCAAAGAGGGUCCAAAGACUGCCCAUUUUUCCUCUUGUCUCCGUUUUUUCCCCCCUUUGAAAUAGUGGCUGUAUAAGUUAAGUGAUUUUUACCAGUUAAGUUGAAGACAUGAAGAAAAUUUGGAUUUUCAUUGUGCCCAUUUUGGUGUUUUGUUCGCCAUUGGUGGGUUCCUAUCCUGCCGAUGUGAAGCCAGCGCCUCCUGUUUCUGACCCUGUUCUUCCUACUGAGAAAGAUCCUGUCUUGCCUUCUUCUUCCUCCUCUUCUCCUGGGGAGGAAGCCGAUGCUCCUGGUAAAACUUUAAUUAUAUGUUGUUGUGUUUCUACUUUCUUCGUUGAUUUUUGAUAUGGGUUAGCAUUUCCGGAGCUGGUUUUGUUCCCAUUUUCCAUUAUUCAGUAUAAAUGGGGAGCUAGUAAUGCUCAAUUUUGGGGGGUUCAUGAUCUUAUUUUCCGCAAUUUUCGCAGCUCAUGUAGUCCAUCAUCAGGACAUCAACAAGAAAAUUCUAACUGCACUCAUUAUUGCUGCUACCCUACUCGGUGCCACCUUGUUACUGGCUUCAUGUUUCUGGUUCUACAGAACCAAAAAGUUGAAGAGCUCUAAUUCAGAAGGAGGGCAGAAGCAUAGCUCCGAUGUUGAAAAGGAGCUUUCAGCGGGUCAAAUUUUUGAUAAGGUCACUCCUUUGAAAGUGUUUGGCAAGAAAGGCUCCAUUUCUUUCAUUGCAUAUCCGGUGCUGGUAGCUGCUACAAAUAAUUUUCAGGAGAGCAAUAUUAUCGGUGAAGGGGGAUUAGGCUGCGUGUAUAAAGGUCAAUUUCAAGACAACUUACAAGCAGCUAUAAAAAAACUCAAUGCUAAAUUGCAAGACUCUCAAAGAGAAUUUGAGAAUGAGGUAGAUUUGCUGGGUAGAAUUCGGCACCAAAAUAUAGUUCCCCUUCUAGGAUAUUCUGUUCAGGGAGAGACACGGUUUUUGGUUUACGAAAUGAUGCAGAAUGGUUCUCUUGAAUCCCACUUGCAUGGACCUUCCCGUGGAUCAAGUUUGACAUGGCAUCUGCGGAUGAAGAUUGCUCUAGAUGUUGCUAGAGGAUUAGAAUAUCUGCAUGAGCGUUGCAACCCUCCUGUAAUCCAUAGAGAUCUCAAAUCCUCUAACAUCCUUUUGGAUUCUAAAUAUAAUGCAAAGUUAUCCGAUUUUGGCCUGGCAAUUACUGGUGGGAACCUGAACAAGAAGAAUGUAAAGCUUUCAGGAACUUUGGGAUACGUUGCGCCUGAAUACCUCCUAGACGGUAAAUUAACUGAAAAGAGUGAUGUCUAUGCAUUUGGUGUGGUGCUUCUUGAGCUUAUAAUUGGAAGGAAACCAGUAGAGAAAAUCUCUGAUACUCCUCAGUCUUUAGUUACAUGGGCUAUGCCUCAGCUCACUGACAGGACGAAGCUUCCCGGCAUUGUCGAUCCUGUCAUCAGGAAUACGAUGGACCUCAAGCACUUAUACCAGGUUGCUGCAGUUGCGGUGCUAUGUGUGCAGCCAGAACCAAGCUAUAGACCCCUGAUUACAGAUGUCCUGCACUCGUUUAUCCCACUCGUCCCUGUUGAUCUUGGGGGGUCGCUAAGAGUUGCAUAGUUUGUUCCUCCUGUCUUUCUUCCAGACAGGUUUGUUGGCUGCAUAAUGCUGCAAUAAUUUACAGUCCUAGGUGCUGUACUUCGACAGCUUCAUCAUGAAAGGGUAACCACGGGGGUCGGUCAUGUUCAACGUUAGUGAUUCUUUUAAGUACAUUUUUGGUAGAAAAUCUAGGUUAGGAAAUGGUCCUUCAGAAAGAUGAGCAUGGAGCUGUAUAUAUAAUUGUAAAUCUUUUAAAUGGAAAGCUAGUGUUAGGCUGACAUUGUGGUUUCAUCUAUGGAUCUCUUUUCACGCUUUCAUUAUAUCAUCGACUGUUCCGAUUUCAUAUUUUGUUGCCUUUAAAAGGGAAUUUCCGGCCUAAGUUAUGUUUUCUUUCUGUGUAUGUUAAGUAGCCCUUUCUCAUCUUAAUUGAAUACAACAGCCCCUUGUCUGUGUUUUUUCAGCAGAAGGAGAAUGUGGAUCUGAUUGUUUUGGUGAUUAAUAAUGAUUGAGAAGUUAGGUCUUCCCUGACAUUUUGCCUUGUGAAUCUGUUAAGUGGUAUAUAGAAACGUGACAUUUCACUGUACAGAAACUUGGCCUUGCUUUCUUUGACAACUGGUGGGCUAUGUUAUUUCUAGAUGCUACCUUGGUCCUUGCAUAACCCCUUUGCAUUUAUUGUCUCUUUAGUCCAACCCAGUUCACAUGAAAAUGUUC